GCACAUGCCCAUUAAGAAUCUCUCAAAUCAAUCUCUCUGAACAACGCCUGACACUUUUAAUUUCGUAUUAUCUCCUCUUUCAACCAAAUUUGGCAUAAAUCAACUCAGUCUUAUCAUAAUCAAUCGGAACCCACCUCCACUUUCAAUCAAAUCUUAUUUUACCAGACACUUGUUUCUUGAUAACAACUCUAAUUGUAACCGUAAUGAGGAAGAGGGAAAGAGAGAACCCAUGUGGGGUGUGUGGGCACUACCACAAGUACGAAGAGGGGGAAGUCUGCGGGAUUUGCGGCCACCGUUCCCCGUACUCAUCUGAGAAACUCUCCCUUCAUGUCAGUGCCUUUCCCUCCGAGAUCCUGCCGGAGUUUCUCUAUUUGGGUAGCUACGACAACGCCUCUCGCGCUGAGUUGCUUAAGGCUCAGGGGAUUACUCGUGUUCUUAAUACAGUUCCUUGCUGUCAAAAUCUCUACAAGAACUCAUUUACCUAUCACUGCCUUCAAGAUGACAAAACUUUACAAUUUGAUGAUGCAAUUGUGUUUUUAGAGCAAUGUGAGAAGGACAAGGCUCGAGUUCUUGUGCACUGUAUGUCUGGAAAAAACAGGUCACCCGCUAUUGUAAUAGCUUUCUUGAUGAAGAGUAAAGGAUGGAGGCUUCCGCAGAGUUAUCAGUGGGUGAAAGAGCGGAGACCAUCUGUUGACUUAACACAAGCUGUCUACCAGCAGUUGCAGGAGUAUGAACAGAAGAUCUUUGGAUCAGUAGAUACUAGCAAUCCUCUCCUGCCUUUCGUCCCGCCAGUUCUGCCAUCAUUUAGCUUUGGCUUCACAAAGACUAAUGAUCCGGUUCCUGUCCCUGCUUUCAGUGGUAGCUCUGGCACAACCUCCAUUUUUGCUGGAGCUCAAAAUAUCUCUCCACAGGAGUUCAUUUUUGGAGCUGGCCAUGCUGAGAAGAACAUCCCUGAAACUCCUUUUACUGGCAACAUACCAAACCCAAGUGGCAGUGAUAUUCCAAUGGAUAGCUCUUGAAUCCCUUCCUCUUUCUUCAGAAGAUGAGCCGAGGCCACAAGUUGAACGAGUCCAUUUGGUUGUAAACUGGGAGUAAAUGCCCUGACUCUUCGUUUGUGAGAUUUGACGUGUAGAUACACACUGUGGGUACUUGCUUCUUCAGUCCACUGUUCCAUGUGCUCUCUAUCAGGCCCAUUCUCGAAUUUUCAUUUUAUACAAGAUACUUUUUAAAUAGAAAUUUCACGUUGCUUGUGCUGUUAA